ACACUGUUGGUUCAGUGUGAGCGUGGGAGUUUGUUCAUCACAGUGAUGCUGUGAUGAAUGGAAGUUGCAACUCUAGGGCGUAGAUUCCUUGUGCGAAGGUCUGUUGGAGUCCACUUGCAUUUAUUGUUGUGAAGCCCUACUUCAGGAUCAGGUGUUCGUCAGUUGCCUUGUGCACUGUAUUUGUUAUUUUUCUUUCCUUGCGAGAUGUUGCACGAUCUGUGCCACUGCAAACUCAAGCAAAUGAGUGGAGAUAUUUCCAAUGAAGAGGAGAACAGAAUGAAUGAGGCGUCAGGUGGCUUGACACAGUCACAGCAUGAUACACUCACAAAGUUCCGAGAAAUACUGUCAGAGCAAGGUCUUCUGAGGAAGCGAGAUGAUGAUCACACAUUGUUACGAUUCUUGCGUGCCCGUGGGUUCGAUAUCCCCAAAGCGAAGGCAAUGUUUGAGGUUAUGCUGGAGUGGAGAGCAGAAAUUGGUGCUGAUACCAUCCGAGAGACGUUCGAAUUUCCAGAAAGAAAAGCUGUACGAGACCUAUAUCCACAUUUCCACCACAAGACGGAUAAGCUCGGCCGGCCGGUGUACAUUGAAAGAUUAGGCCAGUUGAAUGUGGACGAACUACUCAAGCUUACAACUAUGGACCGCAUGUUGCUGUACCACGUGAAAGAAUGGGAGGUUCUGCUAAAUUCGAAGUUCCCGGCGUGCUCUGAGAAGGCUGGCACUUGUGUUUCCCAGUCACUUGCGAUUUUGGAUCUGAAAGGAGUGAACAUGAAGCACAUGAGCAAGCAGGUGCGGCACUUCAUUCAAAAAAUCACCAAGGUGGAUCAGGACUACUACCCAGAGUGUUUGGGGAAGAUGUUCAUCGUCAACGCUCCAACUGCGUUCAAGGCAAUGUGGGCCGUGAUUAAGCCAUGGCUGGACAAGCGGACCCAGAAAAAGAUUGAACUCCACGGUGGGCACUUCUCCUCGAGGCUGCUUGAGCUGGUGGACUGCGAGAACCUCCCUGAGUUUUUAGGAGGCUCCUGCAACUGUCUCGGCGGAUGCGAGAACUCAGACGCUGGCCCUUGGAACGAAGCCCCCAAUUGUUCAGACGCUCUGUAUGAUGAACCCUGCAAUGCCGAUGAGUAGUGAUCCGUCUUGGAUCUGUUCAAACCUGCUCUACUGCUCCAGCCAUGGCGUGAUUUCAGUUCCUCGAAGUGAUGCUGAGUCUCUGUGGAUGCAGUCGAGCUUGUUCGUGAUUGUAGAACGGCGUACCUCUCCAGAAUCAUUAUAUUUUACUCAGGUUCACUUCUACUAUUCAAAGCAUUUCUGCAUGGCCUCAUAGCGCAGAUAUCCCUUGAGGAGCAAGUGGACAAGAGGGCAGUCCUCUCCGGGUCCUUUUUUCUAUAGAUCAUAAGCGGUUCUGGUAUGUGCUCUAGACAGCCAUUCUUAGAGUGUUAUAUAGGACUUUGAGGAGGGUCAAGUCUCAUUUCCUGAUUUCAAAUUGCAGAGGUAUAUACUUACUUUUUUAAUGCUCUGUUAGUGUAAGUAAACUCUCGGAAGUGGACUUUCAAGCAUAAUCGGCAAUUGUGGUGUAGAGUUUGUUUAUGUGAUUCUGCCGUUGCUCAUCAGCAAUGUAUCUGUCCUGCACAAUACCAGACAUGCAAGGAAACCUCUUUGAAAAGCUAGUUCAAGGGAAAUUCAGGUUUUUGAUUGCGAAGUUCGUGUUAAA